AUGCCGUCCCCCGACCCCUUCAGAUUCCCCUCGAGGAGGAGCGUCGUCCACAGCACCGCCGGCAUCGUGGCCUGCACGCAACCCCUCGCCGCCAAAUGCGGCCUCGACGUCCUCCGCGCAGGCGGCAACGCGGCUGACGCCGCGGUGGCAGUCGCUGCCGGGUUGAACGUGACGGAGCCGUGCUCGACCGGCAUCGGCGGCGACAUGUUCCUCUUGUUCUGGGACGCGGCCGCGCGGCAGGUCAGGGCUGUCAACGGCUCCGGCCGCGCGGGCCGCAGGUGCACGCUCGACGCGGUGCGCAGCGCCCUGAAGCUCCCCGGCGGCGGGGGCGGCGACGACGACGGCGACGCCCAGAUCCCGCUGCCGAGCGCGCUCGCCGUGACGGUGCCCGGCGCGGCUGCUGGGUGGGUGGACGCCGUCGAGAGGUUCGGCAGCGGCAAGGUCGACAUGCGGCGUGUUCUGGCGCCGGCGGUCGAGCUGGGCGAGAAGGGGUUCCCUGUGUCCGAGGGAGCUGCGUAUCUUUGGCAAGCGUCCGAGGCCCGCAUUCGGGCCGCGUCCCCCAACUUCUCGGAAAUGCUCAAGGACGACCCCCGCGCCGAGGACGGCGUUCGAGCGCCUCGUGCCGGCGAGAUCAUGAGGAACCCCACGCUGGCGAGGACGUUUCGCGCGCUGGGCGAGCAGGGGAAGCAGGGCUUCUACACGGGCAGGGUUGCCGAGGAGCUCGUCGAGGUUGUGCAGUCUCUGGGCGGUCUGCUCGAAAUGGACGACUUGGCGCACCAUCUGCACGUGGGCAGCGAGACGGUCGAGCCCGUUUCCCUGAAGUUCCAGGGCCAGGGCGCGGGGCCGGACGGAGGCGUCGAGCUCUGGGAGCACCCGCCCAACGGGCAGGGCAUCGUGGCCCUCAUGGCCCUCGGCAUCAUCCAGGAGCUGGAGAAGCAGGGCAGGAUCCCCGCGUUUGCGCCGCGCGACUUCAACUCGGCGCCGUAUCUGCACGCCAUCAUCGAGGCGCUGCGGCUCGCCUUUGCAGACGCGACCUGGUUCGUGGCCGACCCCGACGUCGCAGAGGUCCCGGUCCGGGGCUUGCUGUCGCAGGAGUAUCUGGCCCGGCGAGCCGAGCUCUUCGAUCCCGGCAGGGCGGGUCGGGCCCGCGAGCACGGCGACCCGCCGUUCGUGUCGCCCGCCUUGUCGAGCAGCGACACCGUCUACUUCACCGUGACGGAUGCCCAGGGCAACGCCGCGUCCUUCAUCAACUCCAACUACGCCGGGUUCGGCACGGGCAUCAUCCCCCGCGGGUGCGGCUUCACUCUGCAGAACCGGGGUGCCAACUUCUCCCUCGACGCGCGCCAUCCCAACCGCAUCGAGCCCAGGAAGAGGCCCUACCACACCAUCAUCCCGGGCAUGGUGACGAACCUGCGUGACGGCUCGCUGCACUCGUCGUUUGGCGUCAUGGGCGGGUUCAUGCAGCCGCAGGGCCACGUCCAGGUUCUCCUGGGCCAGGUGGUCGGGCGGCUGGAUCCCCAGCAGGCCUUGGACGCGCCGAGGAUCUGCAUCGGUGGCGGCAUCCCCGACAAGGGAAAUGGCGUCGACUGGACGGUGAAUGUCGAGGACGGCAUGCCCCGAGAGACGAUUGAGGGGCUGAUGAGGCUGGGGCACAAGGUGAAUGUUGUGGAGGGCAGGGAGAGAGGCUUGUUUGGAAAGGGGCAGAUUGUUCGAUACGCGGUUGAUCCGGUAGAGGGGACGGCGGUCUGGUCUGCCGGAAGCGACAUGAGGGCUGAUGGAGCGGCGUACCCGUUGUAG